AUGUCGACAUCAACGACCGCCACCACAACGGGGCCGAUCACGGCCGAUGCGAUGCUCCGCCUGUUCCCGGAUAUCGACACCAGCGGUGCGGCGCUUGAGGGCCACGAUGAGGAGCAGAUCCGCCUGAUGGACGAGGUGUGCAUCGUCACAGACGAGAACGAUUUGCCAAUCGGGACAGCAAGCAAGAAACUUUGCCACCUUAUGACGAACAUCAACAAGGGUCUGCUACACCGGGCCUUCUCCGUCUUUUUGUUCAACGACAAGAACGAGCUGCUCCUGCAGCAACGCGCGACGGAGAAGAUCACGUUCCCCGACAUGUGGACUAACACGUGCUGCUCGCACCCGCUACAUGUGUCCAACGAGACUGGGUCCAACCUCCCCGACGCCGUGGCAGGCGUCAAGAAUGCGGCCCAGCGCAAGCUGGACCACGAGCUCGGGAUCAAGAAGGAGCAGGUGCCGCUGGAGGACUUCCGCUUCCUGACGCGCAUCCACUACAAGGCGCCGAGUGACGGCCAAUGGGGCGAGCACGAGAUUGACUACAUCCUGUUCAUCAAGGCCAAUGUCGAUGUUGCCCCGAAUGAGAACGAGGUGCAGGCGACCCAGUAUGUGUCCGCUGAGCAGCUCAAGAAGAUGUUUGAGGACCCGAGCCUCAAGUUCACGCCCUGGUUCAAGCUCAUCUGCAAUUCCAUGCUUUUCGACUGGUGGAAGCACCUCGAUUCGGGCUUGGAUCAGUACCUGAACGAGCCAGAGAUCCGGCGUAUGCUGUGA